UGCGUUAGCUUUGACCUUCGUUCUCGUCAUUCACUGCUGGCUACGGCCUGAACCUUGUCUGACUCGCGCGCAUCGCUUUAUUAGCAGCUGCUAAGCACUGCAAGCACAGGUUUGCCCAUGGGUGGCAGCGUGGGGCCGCCGCGGAUAGCGGCGCGCCGCCUCGACCAAGUUCAAGCGGCCUUCCCGCCAGUGCAGCAGUCGGUGUCAGCUAUGCUCGCCGCGGAGUUUCUGCAGGCGCACGUCACACCUAACCUGCAGCAUGCCUCAGUAGCGCAGCAGAAAGCUGUAGCGGACAUCGCAGAAGCCGCGAAGCAGGAAGCCGAGCUCGCAAAGUGGGAGCGCAAGACCACGUGGCUGCACCGCUUGCUGAUGUUGGUUUGGCGAUCGGAGCUAUUUCCUGGCGUCCGUGUCUGGCGCAUGAUGAACAGACACAACCGGCUGAUAGCCGCAUAUCACAGCUGCUCGGCCGCAUACUACAACAGCGCGGCUGCUUGUCUCCGCCUGGCAGCUGCGCAGCUGCGGCUGGGGGCUGCCGCAGGGCCGCUGCGCUCGCGGGCCGCUGCCGCGAACGCGGCGGCGGCGGCGUGCUCCGCUGCCGCGGACCAGAGCACGGCGGCGGCGGCGGUGCAGGAGGAGGCGCAGCAGCGGCGGCUCGUUCUGGCGGAGAGCACGCAGGCUGCUAUGGAGGCGGCGGCCAGGCGGGUGUGUUCGUGGCCGUACCUGCUCCUACACCUGGCGCUGGUACUGGUGACGCAAUGGACGCAGCAGCGCUUGGCAACGGGCGUCUUAGGGCCGUGGCUGGUGCUGGCGCGCGUGUUGGAUCUGGCUAGCGUAAUAAUGAACGGAUGAUUAGGAUGGUGGCUGGCUGGGCGGCGGCGGCGGCGGCGGCAGUGGAGGAUCCCCUGAAUCCCUGAUUAGCCCAUGUCUGGAUGGGUGCGUGCCAUGUACAGAGCCGCCGCCAGCACACACGCGUACGGAUGUGUGCGCACGCACGGAGGCGUUGUACGCAAGUAAGCGGAUGGAGGCGCGGUUGGCAGCAGCAGGUCGUGUGGGUGAGGCACGGUGGCGAUCUUAGAGCCCAUGUCAGAGCGACGAGCGAGACUCAAGACACUAUGCUUUGCGGUUUGAUUUCUGCCAUGCAUGGCACUAGUGUUAGCAAACACGUGCGGACGCAACAGGUGGUAGUAGCAGUAGUAGCAGUAGGUGUGUGCGAUGGGACAGUGUCAAGGCAGGUUGGUGGAGUCCCGCCGGUGGCAGUAGCAAUAUAUGCAUGGCAGUAGCAGGCGCUCCUGCGGGUGAUGGCGAUGGCGGCACGCACGGCAGUGGCUAGGCAGGCCGCUGCAGCACCCGCGCUUUCGAACGUCAGUGUACGGUAUCGCCGCCGAAGACGCCGAGCUACAUGCAUGACAGCUUAUGUUUGUACGAGUCAUUUAAGUGCAAUUUGUGGGAUUUCGGUGGGCAAAGGCAUGGGUUAAGCGCACUGGGCCUGUCGCUAGGUGCCUGAGGAUUAGUGCGUGCGAACAGCAGAUAGAUGCGGCGGGCGGUUGAUCUAUGCUGUUGCGGGCACACAGCGAGGUAGCCAGGGCGUUGGGCGUAUGUAUGUAGCGCAUGCACUUCAUUGCUGCUGGUCCGCCCAUCACCAUGAAGGAGGUGCCUUCUAUAGCUGGCGCCCCCGUUCCGUGUAUGCAGCUGCAUGACUUUGGCGAGAGGUCGGCGAACUAGCUAGUCAACA